AUGGACCACCAAACCAUGUCUAAUGUACCGCCCCGUAUAGGGUCGGCACCGCUCUCACACUCCCAGCAGUCAUUUCCGCGUGUGGAAAGCCGGACUGCGGGGGCGUUCCGUGUCUGUCCACUGCGCCCCGGCGGCGAACGACCACCGCCGUUGCAGCCAUCGGCGUCUCCCUCGACAAACUUCUUUGACCGGGCAGCCCCGCAACCGACAGAAACUCCGGCAGCCAGUCACCCAGCCAACUGCAUCUACGAUAUAGCGGAGUUUGUGAAGUGUCAGCAUACAAAGGAGUCCCCGCCAAAGGGCAUUCUGGAUUUUGUCACGGAGUUAUGGAAAGAGAUGCCCGAGAACAAGGACAGUAGGCCUGAGCACAUUCUUUCCCGUGGAGGAACUGUUUA